AUGGCGCCGCCAUUUCCGGUUCCACCGGGUGCUCUUGUGAUCAAAGUAGAAGAUGAAAAGGAGACUGACCAAGAGCUGAGGGACAUGUUCACCAAGGACGUCCAGAGCUGGCUCGAGCUCAACAGGAGGAGGAGGGGCCUGCAACCAUCUGGCAGUGCUCAGUCGUACAGCAAGCACCCCCACUGCCACCGCCUCCACCUCCAGCAGCGCAGCACCCAUGCGCAAAGAGGCCAGCAGUCGGACCGCCUCCGGGGUUCGCGGAUGUUUCGCACGCCACCGCUGAAGCAGUACCAACACCGGCCACCAGGGCCAAAGGUGCCAGCACAGCCACAACAACCGGCGCCGCCGAACGCCCACCGCGCCCCGGCCCCACCAGCGCUGAACGCACAAAGGGCGGGGCAUGCUCCGCAGCCGGCGCCAGGCGCACAUGGCGGCGCCACGGCCGCGACACCAGUGCACGCCGGCCCCAUCGCCUUGCCCGGGCUCCAGCGAAGGACGAUGCGCAAGCCACCGCACCCAGCGGCGAAGAAGAAGCCCACGGUGCCGUGCACCAUCUGCGGCGUGCUGUGCAUGACGGCGUGGCACCUGAAGCAGCACGAGCAGGGGCGGAAGCACCGGAACAGGGUGGCCUACCUCGCCGGGGAGAUGAACGUGCGGUGCUCGGUGUGCAACGCGCACCUCUCCAGCGGGCUCAACGUCGAGCAGCACAACGCCGGGAAGCAGCACCUCCAGCGUCUCAACAGGGGAGCCGGAAACACACGGUUGCACUUUACUUUAGUGGCGGCACACGCUUAUGACUUGCACUACAUACUGCUAGUACUACAUAUAUGA